CGCCGAGCCCGUAUUAACCCUAUCGACUCCGGUUGCUAAAUACAGGUGGAGGAAUACAGGAGUGUUGGCAUUGUCCAGUUUCAAUGCGUCCUUUGUGAUACCGCGCGCUCGUCAUGUCCGCCACGGCUAUACAUAAAUUUAUAACUUUCGUAGGGUUUAUGUCUAUAUUACACGCAGCCUAUUCCGCGGCGCAACAUCGCUCCUAUUUGCGGAUCACCGAACAGGAGUUCACUACCUUGCCAAUCGACAUCCUAAUCCAAGGUAUAGCCAGUUUAUUCGUCGUCAUGUACGGCGUAAUGUACAUCGCCGGCGAUUUCAAGGAGAUCCGGGCGGUAGUCGACCUGGAAAACAAAUCGUGGGAGACGCUGCGGAAUUUACCAUCCUUUCAAGUGUUUAAUCACCGCGGGAGGUCUCUGUCCCCGGAAUACAUCGCGGAGUAGAACGUACCUUCGUCCCGAAUCGCCGACAAAAGUUCUAUCGAGAGAAUUAUUUAUACUGUUCGUUAAAUCACAUUUAGAAUCUAGCGGUAUCGAUUUAAUUGACGCGAUUAAUCAUACAAUAUACCAAAAUUGAAGUUCACUCUCGAGAAGGCAAGAUUUAUAUGUGUGUGUGUGUAUAUAAAGCGGUCGAUUACGCGACAUAUUACAUAGAUAUGAAAUCGUAAUUAUUUAUUGUUGCAAAACAAUUCGUGGCAGAGUACGAUCCUUGUCCUUGUAAUAUUAAUCUAAAUCUUGAAACACUGGAAAACAUGCGACGAAUGGUUUUGUAUACACAUUUUACACAGUUCCGUGAUAGCAGUACGAAUAAAAAAAAAGAAAGUCAAUUUCACCGCGUUCCAUUUAUACGUUUUCCUUCAUCUAUUUUUUUUCUUGCAAUAUAUUUAUUUUAUAAGAAAUAUUAAUAAUGAUGUAGUUAAAGGUGCAUAGUAGAACACGAGACAUCA